AUGCCUCCCCGUCCCCGCCACCACCUCCUCUUUUUCCGCCGCCACCUCUCCACCUCCAAGCCGUCUCCCGCGCUGGCCCCCGCGCCUAAGCCCACCGACCCGGCGCUUCUGCUCCGCCUCUGCACUAUCCUCUACCAGCAGCAGCACGACCCCGACGACGCGCUGCGCCGCCGCCUCUCCGCGCUGCCGCUGCCCACCGCGCCCGCCGACAUUCGCGAGCUCUUCCUCCAGGCCUCCGCGCGGUUCCCGCUGUCCUGGCGCCCCGUGGACCGCCUCCUCGCGCACCUCUCCACCCUCCACCGCGGCGCCGGCGACGGCGGAGGCGCUGGGUUCCCACACUCCCCCACCACCGCCGCCCGCCUCCUCGACGUCCUCGCCAAGUCCGGGAACAUCGACCUCCUCCACUCCACGCUCUUCUCGCUGCCCCGCAGCCUCCUCUCCGCCGCGGCACUCCGCGCCGCCGUGCGGGGGCUCGCCCCCGCCCGCGAGGUCGGGAAGGUCGCCGCGCUCGUGACGCUCUUCCCCGAGUGCCACCGCGCUCGGGUCCUCACGUUCGUCACUGACGUCGCUUGCUCGGAGCCGUGCAGGCUCCCUGACGUCGCGGAGAAGGCGAUCAAGCGCGCCGAGCACCGGCACGGCGUCGCGCGCACGGGCAGGUGCUGCGACCUGCUGGUCGUCGCGUACUGCCGCGCGGGGUCUCUCGCGGACGCGUGCAGGGUGUGGAAUGGAAUGGAGAGGCGCGGCCUCGAGCCGGGUGCCACGGCGUACCAGGAGAUCGUGGUGACCAUGUUCAAGAACAACCGCGUAGCCGACGCCAUGAAGAUGUUCGACGUAAUGCGGAGGAGCGGAGUGCCGGACAAAGGAGGGGGCUGCUGCUGCGCGGUUGUGUCUUGGCUGUGCAAGGAAGGGAGGGUGUGGGAGCGCGUACAUGGUGUUGGCAGAAAUGGUAAAACGAGGUCUGGAGGUGGAUGGUGA